UGUGCCCAGAGCAGAGCAGACUGAGAUGAACAGCUCCGUGUCUCUCGCGUCCAGAAAUGUGCGCAGGGAGAAGAAACGAGUCGCAUCUCUCUCUGUAGCCUCCGCAGACAACACACCGCUUUCGUUUCUUUCACGUACCGCCGGCAGGUUUAGACGGAGGAUUAACGCGCACUGAACAUAUCCAACCACUUUCUGUUUAAACCGGCCACUGAAUGCUGAUUUUAAUUUUUUUGGAGAGUCCCCCCCUAUUCUCUCUUUCAGUCUCUCUCUAGGGUACAUGUGCCAGGCUACUUCUUUGCAGACUUCCUGGAGCCCCCCACGUGGAAACCUCACGUUGACAAGGAAGCAGAUAACUGUGACCGGCUGAGAAAUUCUUGUCCAACAGAUGAAACUCCCACACACACACACGUUGCUCUGCCUGGAUGGUAUGCUUCACUGCAAUGUCAGGCAAGGCCGACCUGACUAAUCAUCCAAGGUGUCAAGCCGGUACCUGUCCGAUGUCCUCUCCUGCCACAGUGUGAUGCGUCAUGGCUCCGGUGCUGAGUGGAGUGUGGUGGGGGCUGGAGGCAGGUGUCGCCGGGUCAGGGGCGGCAGCUGCUACAGGCAUAGCGUCGUGGCUGGGCAGUGGGCAGCUGGUCCUAGCCGUCACCCUCAGCACCCUCACUGCCCUGCUCCUGGUCUCUGUGCUGCUGAUGCUCUGUGCUAGCUGCCAGGGUCAGAAGAAGGCAGUCAAUGGACAUCCAGAAGGAGACCAUCAGAACCUCAUGAAUGGAGUGUCAGAGAGAGAGACGAUCAGCCAAUCAGCAGACAGCCCAGUGACUGAUGUGGCCGUCAGCAGCUCUCACAAUGGUCCUCUUACCAGCGGUACAAUCCUCACUGACACACAAGACAACAGUCCCCAGCCAUCAGAGGAGAUGCUCUCCAGCCAAUCAGAGCUCAGGUCCUCCAAGUGUCCUCAGGACCGGGAGCUACCCAGCAUUCCUCCCAACAACGCCCUUAUUGGGGACAGACCCCCAGCCUCAGGGGACAGCACCUAUGAGGUGGUGAAGGAGAUGGCGGUGGCAUCACGUGACGUCAGCGUCGAAGACUCCCUGUACGAGACGGUCAAGGAACUCAAAGACCCCCCUGCCCAGCUUGGCCUCCCCAACGGUACCAUCCAGCUGAGCCCUGAUGAAUCUCCCCACCAUCCCUCAGUCCUUCUCAACGGCCACCUCAGCCCCUGCACAACUGAACGGGCGCCCCUGUGCAUAGGGGUGGAGUACGCCUCCAUCGACCUGAAUAAGAAGAGCCGUCACAGUGCCGACAUGGAGGCCAAAAGGUGCUCCGAUAAUGCCAACGUUCCCCCACAUAAACCUGUGGAGGAACCAGAAGAAGACUUGCCUCCGCCGGUACCAGAGAAGGUUCUGGAUGAAAAUGACAACCAGCCAGUGGUGAUGAAUGGGCUGGCGGGGGCUGGACUGCACAAUGGAGAGUUACACUCCCCUCUGUCUCCCGCACCGGGGUUCCACAACCACAUUCUUUCAGACAGUGAGUCAGCAGUGUACUCUACAGUCAACAAAACAAACUGUGAUGAUGCUGUGAACGAGGACGACAAAGAGCACGACUACAGUAGCAUCGCAGAGAUCAAAGGCCUUGUCACGACCUCUUCCUCCAGUGACCUUUACGCCACUGUCCGAGAUAUCUACAGCCAGCCCAGCGACCCCCAGCCGGGGGAGGAUCUCGCCACGGAGUGCACAGAUCCCGGCUACGAAUCCAUCCGCAUCCCAAAAACUAGUAGCCCGGAUGAUGACCACAGGGCUGAGCUGGAAGCGGAGGGGACCGACGCUGCCAAGGCAGAGCCUGAUUACGAGAGUGUUGGAGAGUUGGGUCUGGACCAGGAAACGUCCCGCCUCUGAGUUUUCCCUUCAUCUGUGACGGUUUGUUAUGAGCUCCCUCUCUUACACCUUACAGACGUCACUAUAGCAUGCAUUUGGUGCAUGACUUGGGGAAAACGGCAUCAGCAUCCAUCAUCAACGCAUGAGUGUCCUCUUUACAGCUUGGGUACGGUUUGUCAUAUCUGAACUUUUAAUUUAUCAACCAGGGUGAAUGUCAAUGGUAUUGGUAGGCCUACUAGAAAAUGAACUCUAGUACCUCAGUCGUUAUUAAUCAUGUAGAAGAGUGCACUUUGGAUCAUCAUUAAAUUCCUCAUUAGUCAUGUUGACAUAUGUGCGCAUCAUUUAACAACAUGUGAUUGUGAAAAAGAUCAAAUAAAUAAACUAUCAAAUAAAUAUCCAAUCACAGCACACAUUGCAGCAUUUUAAGGGUUAGCUGAGGACACUAUCAGUGCCUGUGAUUUAAAAACAACCCAAACAAAGAUACCAAGAAUUCAGUGCCAUAUAAUCAUGAAAUUCAUGCACUUAAUGUUAAUGUUAUGAAGGUAACAUUAUCAAGUCCCUUCUGCAGCUGCUAGUGACUUUCUAGCUUCAUCCAGGUGACUCAGCGUCACGUUUUAUUGAGGCUUCAGAUGAUGUAUUUCUUGGCUACUCUUUGGCAGGUUGGUAGUACCUCCACAGUGCAUUCUCUGCUUGAAUUUCUUGUGAAUGGGUUCUAGGUAUGGAAAUGAAAAGCCAGUCUUAUCUGUGACCAAAUGCUUAGCAAAAAUACAGUAGAAGUCGAUAGAUUACGCCAUCAAAUAGAAAUGACGAGUUUUUAACUGCAUGUUCUUUUGUUGAGGCUAUUCAUCUGCAGAAGGGAAGGAGGGCGGUUUCACAAUACAUUCUGAAAGCAUUUUUAGACGUUUUACAGUCCAUGUCAGCAUUUUUUUGUGAAAUUCAUAUUUAUUUGAUGAUGCGUGUUGUUGUGUAAUUGUGAAAUGUCUGUGAGAGAAAAGUAAAAAGGGUUUUAUAGAUGUUUCUAGCAUUUUUAUUAAGAUACAAAAUGAAAGUGAGCUGUAAGAUAAUGACAGUUGUAAAGGUACAUUUUCUCUGACUUUCUUAUUCAUUGUUUAAAAGUUGAAUUGCAUGGGGUCCAAACAAAUUCAGAAGAUGUGUAAUGUGAUAAAAAUAACAAACUUGCAUUAUUGAUGCAAAUCCAUUGAUCAAGUGUAUUUUUUUCAUGUUUUUUGAGCUCACUCUUGGUACAGUACAGUCUUCAGUUGCCAUCCCUGAUGAUUUUAAAGCACAAAGUUUGAUAUCAUGGUACGGCAUUUAUAUACAGCUUAUCAAAAGCAUUAUCACAAUCCAGUUACAUCGCUGCACAAUUUAAAUAACUAAUGCUUUUUAACUUACUAUAGAAGCACUCUGAGAAAACCAUAACUGUUUGUAGCUUGUACCGACGUCAUGCCAAACAAGGCUUGGAAAUAUAGAUAUAGCACUAUUUUAACCAAUUGUUACUUGCUGGAAUUUUAUGUGAGCUAUUACUUAUUUGUACAAUGUCCAGAGUGGUAUCAUUUUAAAAUAAGUCUGUUAAGAGCACUGAUGUAUGUCUGCCUUGUUUUAAGGAAAACUUAAUCCCUGUUUUCCAACAGCUUUUUACCUUGUAUUGUUACUCAAAGUUGUCACAUAGCUUUUGAGUUCUGAGAAGUUGUAACCAAUCAAAUGUCAGUAAUAUGGUACAAUGUUUUGGUACAUGCAUUUGAAGAAACUGUAUGUGUGGUACUUUUAUUUAAAAAAAAAAAAAAAAAAAAAAA